UGAAGUUGUUAAUUGAUUACCAAGAAAAGUAGCCUUCGAUUAUUUGAAAAUAGAAAAAAAUCAUUUCGAUGAUUUCCUCUUAUAAAACUUUGUAAAAGUCGUCUUUUAUAAACUUUGUAAAAGACCAGAAGUCUCUAGUUCGUUAGACCAAAACUCAAAUCACGAAGCCACCAUGGAUAACUAUUACAAAGAACCAUCAGCAGCAACCGCCUCUGGAAACCUACCAGCUGCCGAUCAGACCAACGAUUACCAGAUGAAGGUAAAGAAAAGCAAAAGCGUUCCAAACGCUGACCGUGGGGCGUCAAGAAGCUGGAGUUUCAGCGAUCCAGAAUCGAGGAGGAAGAGAAGAGUCGCUGGCUAUAAGGUUUACUCAGUUGAACAGAAGAUGAAAGGAUCCAUUAGAAAAAGCUUCAAAUGGUUCAAAGACAUUAUCGGUAUUUCUUCAAAAUAGAUUCUCCACUCUCUUUCUUUCUCUUUAUAUAUAAAAGUAUAUGAAUCUCUUUUUGCUGAGUGUAUGUUAAUGUUAUA